AUGUUAAAGAAGACGAUUUGGAGUGUUCAACAUAUCAAUAUGUUAAAAGUGAUAGUUCGGGGUGUUCAACUUGCCCAUAUGUUAAAAGCGAUGGUUCGAUUUGUAGAAAAGGUUGUUGGCGGGUCAAAGGGAUAUUGUCCUGAACAUGCAAAGAGGGUUUACUUUCGAAAUUGGUAUGAGAGACAAAAGGUACAGAGAAUAGAAGUAGAUGAAUAA